CGACACUGUUUCUGAAUAUAGGGGCUCGCCGUAAGAGCUCCUGUUAAGGAUAAGUAUUCAUGGGCUUGUAGGGCCGUCCGACCUACAUUCCUAAGCUCCUGUCGCCAAGAAUGGUGCACGCCAUUCCACGUAUGGCGUCUACGCUCUUGGUUUACUGUCUUCUCGCAUGUACCCUGUCAGGUGCGCUUGCUGCCAAGAAAAGCCCGCCACCUCCGCGAAGGCCACCUCCGCCACAGCUGUUGACUAAGUCUCCGCCUCCACCCUCGCCACCACCACCUCGUCCACCACCUCCGAAGUCCUCCCCACCACCCUCGCCCCCGCCACCUCGCCCUCCUCCUCCAAAGGCUUCCCCCCCGCCACCUCGCCCUCCUCCAAAGGCUUCCCCCCCGCCACCUCGCCCUCCGCCUCCAAAGACUUCCCCCCCGCCACCUAAGGCUCUUUCGCCUUCUCCCCCACCUCCAAAGGCUUCCCCACCCCCACUGUCUUCAACACCACCCCCACCUCAAGACUAUUCUGGCGGCAGUUGCACCGACGCCUGGGCUACGCUCAACAUGACCAACAUGUACCGCGUCUGGCAUCAGGCCAAACCGCUAACGUGGAGCAGCACUCUAGCUGCCUCUUCACAGACGUAUGCCGUUACACUGGCGGCUAAAAGCUGCGGUCUGGUGCACUCGGGAGGCAGCGGAUAUGGAGAAAACCUGUACGCGAAAUACCAGUACCCCAAGUCUUCCGACAUGACAUGCGCACCCGCAGUGACCAGCUGGUACAACGAGGUCUCGCAGUACGUUUUUAGCACCAAGCCCUACACCGACAACUGGAUCUCGACCAAGAUGGUUGGGCACUUCACACAGCUGGUCUGGGCCAGCACCACUUCUGUCGGCUGCGGAGUGGCCAUUGGUGACUACCAGACGUCGUAUGGCUUGGGCAGCUGCAGGGUGGUGGUGUGCCAGUAUAAACCCCCGGGCAACUACAUAGGGGACAGCUAUUUCCUAGCCAAUGUUCUACCGAAACUGGCCUAAGGAAAUGGGCACUGAGAGAGGGGGCCAGCUGCAGUACAUACUGGUGAUACCCGAAUGUUUGACGGCAUUGUGAAGACAAGGGACAUACCUUCGGUUCAACCGCCAGUACGCAUCUAUCUUACGGGCUUGAUUAGCAGGCCUGAGGUGCACACCGCCUGCUGUGGGCUCCUGCGAUGGGAGCAUUAGUUUUGGUUUAGGGAACGCGUUUCCCGUUACACGCUCGUUGGACUGUUAGUCGCUUUGAGAAGUAUGCUUCGGUAUUUAGCGUUGACAGGGCAUAUGCAUGCAGGCUAACUGUGGCUUGCGGUGAAAGGAUUCUUAAAGCAUGGGUGGCUUCAUGCACGCAUGGGCUGUCCGUAGCACCACAGACGCAACGGCCUGGCAGGCCAUUGUUCAAACAGCAUGGCCGUGGUUUCCGGUUUCCCCUUUACAGUUUAGGGUUUUGGGUCAUUACAAGCAGUAUUUUCUUUCUUGGCAACCAUUGCGACGGGCAUUCACUCAUUCACCAACAGUUGCGUGGGACUUGUGCCUGAAUAAGCUCCUACGGCUGCUGCUUGAGCCUAGAAUCUCUGUCAACGGUGUCUCAAUGUGAUGGCUUCUAUAUUAAGCGAAAACGCGUUGCAUAAGUUACCAGACCAAAGCAGUCUAAUAGACAAUCCUUAUGGCUG